AUGGAUGAGAAGCGUAAGGAACAGACAGCUGUUUCGCAAGCCUCGGAACAGGAGCAAGAGCAGCCACGAGAGCAGGCUGGGACUGCAGACUCCAGGGCGAAGGAAGACCCCGAACCAACCAAAAGCAAGAAGUCUGCGAAGCCAAAGAAGGCAUGCAAAAAGGCAUCUCACAAAGCACAUAAAUCUGUGAAGAAGACAGCUUCGACGCAGCCUCCUGAAGAAGCUUCGGAUGCCGAGACGUCAGACGAGAGCUCGGAGGCCAGCUCGGAAUCCAAAGCGGAUUCUUCAGAAGAAGAAGAGCCCGUCAGGCAGAAGAAGAAAGCGAAGAAGUCCAGUAAGCACAAGAAACGUCGGAAUGCAGUCUCUGACUCAGCAGAGUCGGAAGACAGCGAGUCAGAGGAGGAAAGCGAGUCGCCUGGCGAGGAGCCGCCGAAGAAGGCCAAGAAGACCAAAGGCAAGAAGCUCAAGAAGCACGCUGAGUCCGACGAUGAAGAUUCGAACGAAGGAUCCGAUGACAGCGAUGAGGACUUGAUAACCAAUCUGCUUCAAGCGCAGAUCGAGGCUCUCAAGGCAAAGCUGGGAGCUGCACGUAAGGGUGGCUGCAGUAAAAAGCGGCGAACCAUCGAGCCAAAGUCAGCCAAGCUUGUGAAGAAGGGAAGCAAGACGAACAGCACCUCACCGAACUUCAAGCGCGUCGACCAACUGUGGGACUCGAAGACGCACAAUUACCAGCUCAAGGAUUCCGCUGAUGUCGACGAGGCCGAGUAUGCCGAAUACGCAUUCCUGGUCCGACGCUGUUUCAGUUGGGAGAACAAGUACACGGAGACUGUCAUCGACGUCAAGUCCAAGUCGCUACGAGCCGCACUCACUGAGGUUAUGAAAGACUGCAAGAGCGUGUCGCUGGAAGCCGAGGAGCCUACACUCGAUCCCAACAUCCUCUUCCUGUACCUUGAAGAGCUUAGGGCAUACUACAAGAAGACGUUGAAGGUGAAGAUUAAAGCCGAGAAGAAGCGCAAAGCCAUCAAGAAGCUUGAGCAGCAGCGAAGCCUGACCAAAACUCUAGUAAGCUACAUCGACGAAGAUUAUGCCGACAUUAAGAAGAGAUUGUAUCCGCUUCUGGAAGCCGGCAACAUCACCUUCGACCUCAUGUGGGCAUUGUUCAAACCAAACGAGAUUGCUCUGACCUCCUGCUAUGGCGCUUGGGAUGAGGCGCGCUGCUUCAAGGUCGAGUAUGCGAAUAAGUUUUGCACCAUGCAGCGAGGCGAGUGGUACUGCAUCGAGGGCAAGUAUCUCGAGUACGACGGCAAGGCGUUUGGCUAUGGUGACUUCGAAGUCGACGUUGACGCAUUCAAAGGCCCGCGAAAGAUCACCAGUCUCGCUACCUAUCCGCUGAAGUACCACAAGGAACCGGAGGCCAUUAGGAAGCAGCUUGUAGCCCGCGGCGAGCGCUUCGUCAACAUGGAGGGCAUGCAGUACAGGUUCCACAAAGGCUUGGCUUUCAUGAAGAAGAAGCGACAAGUCGCUCGCAUAAACAUCAACGGCCGUAUAAUGGUGGAUCCAGGGACUUUCCGACGCAUCAACCCCAACUACCCGAUAUCACUCAUCAAGGCCAAGGAUGCUGAUGAGCUGUUCAGCGCCGAAGAAGACGAGGACGAGGAGUGCUCUUGCAACGGCGCCGACUCGGAAGGUGAAGACGAGGAUACCGGCAAGAAAUUGAAGAACCCUGACCACAGCGACAACGUGCCAAAGUACAAGUACAAGUGGGAGCAGAAGGACGGACGCCACUACUUCGUCGCCGUAGAGGUAGACGAAGACGGCAAUCCCAUCCGCUCCCAGCGAGUCGACGGUCUAGAAGCCAACCUCGAGCGGCGCAAGCGAAAGUACACGGAAGAAGAGCUCCUCCUCACCUCGCCAGUAGUACUAGGGUUCGCCUUCAGCGAAAAGCUCUGGCUCGAGUUCAGUCUCUCCGGCGUGCGCGACAUAGAAUGGAACGAGCACGCCUUCGACUCGCUCGUCUUGCCGGACAACCAAAAGGAUAUCGUCCGCGCGCUCGUCGAAAGCCACAAAUUCAACGCCGCGAAAACCAUUGACGAUGUCGUGCAAGGGAAGGGUAAAGGCCUCGUCUCUGUCUUACACGGCCCGCCAGGUACGGGCAAAACCUUGACCGCCGAGGGCAUAUCCGAGCUACUCCGGUGUCCGCUGUACAUGGUCUCCGCCGGCGAGCUCGGAACAGAUCCAGCCAAGCUGGAGUACGAGUUGCAGACGAUCCUUGACAUUGCGCACAGCUGGGGCGCGGUACUGCUUUUAGAUGAAGCGGACGUCUUCCUUGAGGCCCGGCAGAACCACGACAUCCAUCGUAACGCGCUGGUGUCCAUCUUCCUGCGACUGCUAGAGUACUUCCAGGGCAUUCUUUUCCUCACCACGAACCGCGUCGAUACCUUCGACGAAGCAUUUCAGUCCCGGAUACACCUCCCGCUACGGUACGGUGAGCUGACCAACAAGGCGAAAAAGAGCGUGUGGAAGAUGUUUCUGGAUCUCGUGCGGCAAAGCGAUGAGACUUCUGUUGCGCAGUUCUCCGAGUAUGAUCUUGAUGUGUUGUCGAGGCAUCAGAUGAAUGGACGACAGAUCAAGAAUGCUGUUCGCACGGCGCAAGCGCUGGCGCUCAGGGAGAAGAAGAUGCUGGAUAUUGGCCACGUGAAGAAGGUUCUUGAGGUGAGUGAGACGUUUGAGCGGGAUCUGAAGGGUGGUACGGGGUAUUUGGAUGCUAUGAGGAGCUAUACAUAG